AUGGGAGGGAUGAUUGCUUGCUCCAUCUUGUCUAGCAGAGCUCUAGCGCCUCUCUCUCAAGUUGUGUCCCUGCUUGUUCGUUUGAAUCAAUCGAAAACGGCUUUAGAUGUUUUAGACAAGGUCAUCAGCAUGCCUGUGGAGCGCCCUGUUGGAAAACCUUUCCUCCACCGUCCUCGAUUAAAAGGUCAUGUAAGGUUCGACAAGGUUUCUUUUAGCUACCCAGGACAGGAAAUCAAAGUUCUAGACAAAUUUUCUCUAGAGAUAAAACCUGGAGAACGGGUCGGUAUUGUAGGGCGCAUUGGAUCUGGUAAGUCUACCCUAGAAAAGCUUCUUUUAGGGCUUUAUGAACCUGAUGAGGGAGAGGUCCUUGUUGAUGAAACAGAUACGCGUCAAAUUGAUCCUGCAGAUUUGAGACAGAAUAUUGGCUAUGUUCCUCAAGAGAUUUAUCAUUUUUUCGGGAAUAUCCGAGACAACAUUCUUCUUGGAAAUGAAGAC